AUGUCGGCUGGCGUUCCUACUCUUCUUUCUGGCAGCAGCCAGGGACAGAACACAAGAGCUCUGUUCCGUGUUAUCAUCCUCGUCUUGAUUGCUGGAGCCGCCGUCGCCAGCCGUCUGUUCUCCGUCAUCCGUGAGUACACCUGCCUCGUACCGCCCAUGGAGCUCCGUCAUGUCUUCAACAUGAUAUGUUUCGAGAGUAUCAUCCACGAAUUCGACCCUUGGUUCAACUUCAGGGCGACCAAGUACCUCGUCGCAAAUGGAUUCUACAGCUUCUGGGACUGGUUCGACGACCGAACAUGGUACCCUCUCGGCCGUGUCACCGGCGGCACUCUCUAUCCGGGACUCAUGGCCACCAGCGGCAUCAUUUACCAUCUCUUCCGCCUCCUGACCAUUCCCGUCGAUAUCCGAAACAUCUGUGUCCUGCUCGCCCCGGGCUUCUCUGGUCUCACUGCUCUCGCAGCAUACUGGUUGACCAACGAGCUGUCCACCUCCAAGUCGGCCGGUCUUCUGGCUGCCGCCUUCAUGGGCAUUGCUCCCGGGUACAUUUCCAGGUCCGUCGCUGGCAGCUACGAUAACGAGGCCAUCGCUAUCUUCCUGUUGGUGCUCACCUUCUUCCUCUGGAUCAAGGCUGUCAAGCAGGGCUCUAUCAUGUGGGCCGCUCUGUGCGCUCUCUCCUACGACUGGAUGGCCGCAUCUUGGGGUGGAUAUACCUUUAUCGACAACCUCAUCGCCGUCCACAGUCUCAUGCUCUGCGUUUCGGGCAGGUACAGCAACCGGCUGUACGUCGCUUAUACCACCUUUUACGCGAUUGGAUUCCUGGGCAUCAUGCAAGUUCCCUUCAUCAACUUCCUGGCCAUCAGCACCAGCGACCACUUUGGAGCUCUCGGUGUCUUUGGCCUGAUGCAAUUCUAUGGAUUCUUCAACUGGUUCACGGGCAUGUUCGACCCCAAAGUGGUUAAUAAGUGGCGCUGGGUGUCCUUCUUUGCCCUUAUCGUGGUUGGAAUUGCUGCAAACGUCGUUCUCGUCAGGACAGGCAAGAUUGCAGCCUGGGGAGGACGGUUCUAUUCGCUCUUCGACACCGGAUAUGCCAAGGUCCAUAUCCCCAUCAUUGCCUCAGUCUCGGAGCACCAGCCGACCGCCUGGCCAGCUUUCUUCUUCGACCUGAACAUGCUGAUCUACCUCUUCCCAGCUGGCAUCUAUCUGUGCUUCGACAGGCUGGGCGACGAGCACAUCUUCCUCAUCAGCUAUGCGGUGCUUGGCAGCUACUUUGCUGGUGUCAUGGUUCGUCUCAUGCUCACACUUACACCCUGCGUCGUUGUCGCGGCAGCCAUUGCAGCUUCGACCAUCUUGGACAACUAUCUGUCGGCCGAGAGCCCGGAGCCUCAAGAUGAUGCCGCCGAGGCCGUCGACGUCCCAGCGAAGAAGGACAAGAGCAACAAAUCUAAGCACUCGGACCCGUCCAAGAAACCCAUUGUUGGAAUUUACAGUAAGACGUCGAAGUUGGUUGUGGCCGCGGGAAUGCUUGUUUACCUCAUCCUCUUCGUAAUGCACUGCACCUGGGUUACAUCCAACGCCUAUUCCUCCCCGUCUGUUGUCUUGGCCAGUCGUAUGCCCGAUGGCAGUCAGCACAUCAUCGACGACUACCGUGAGGCCUACCAGUGGCUGCGACAGAACACCAAGGAGGAUGCCAAGAUCAUGUCGUGGUGGGACUACGGCUACCAAAUCGGUGGCAUGGCGGACCGGCCCACGCUUGUCGACAACAACACCUGGAACAACACCCACAUCGCGACCGUUGGCAAGGCCAUGAGCUCCCGCGAGGAAGUCAGCUACCCCAUCAUGCGCCAGCAUGAGGUUGACUACGUUCUCGUUGUUUUUGGCGGUCUCCUUGGCUACUCGGGUGAUGACAUCAACAAGUUCCUCUGGAUGGUCAGGAUUGCAGAAGGUAUCUGGCCUGACGAGGUCAAGGAGCGUGACUUCUUCACGCCGCGUGGAGAGUACCGUGUGGACGACGGGGCCACCGAUACCAUGAAGAACUCGCUGAUGUACAAGAUGUCAUACCACAACUACCACAACCUUUUCCCCAAGGGACAGGCUACGGACCGUGUUCGUGGGGCCCGCCUGCCGUCAGAGGGUCCGGUCCUCAAUACCGUCGAGGAAGCGUUCACCAGUGAGAACUGGAUCAUCCGCAUCUACAAGGUCAAGGAUCUCGACAACUUCGGUAGAGAUCACAGUGCCGUGGCGGCUUUCGAGAAGGGCCACAAGAAGAAGAAGCCCGUCAAGAAGCGAGGCGCUCGAACGCUCAGAGUUGAACGUUCUAAGCACGGCCACGAGAAGCAUGGCAAGCACGGGAAGAAAGUAGACCCGUAUCUCGAGCCUCUGAAGCAGCGUUGGAUCUGCUACCAGUGCGGCAGGAUCAGGUCUGACAAGAUAGGAGAGCGUCACCCUCUCGCGGUCGAUCAGAAGAUGCAGCCCAAUUGGUGUGGCCGUUGUCGCAUCACCCAUGAGUGCAAGGGCAAACCGCUUACUUGGUACGGCCAGCGCCACUACUGCUGGGGAUGUGGCAUCGUCCGCUCUGAGAAAUACCACCGCGAGAACGAACUCAAGCCAGGCCAAUCCUCGGGGCCCAACUACUGCAAGCCCUGUCGAGAGGCAUCGCCUGGCUACGAGCACAACCUUCGUGAGGCAAGCGAGAUUGGCGGCGAAGCCACCAGUUUCAACAAGGCAUUCAUGCGCCAGGUGCACGACGCCAACCUCAGCGACAUCGAGGAGGACAAGGACGACAACGCCAGCACGUCCAAACGCGCACCGGGAAAGGAGAACGACGCUCGCGCGGGCCUUCUCAAGUCCAGGGAGGCCACAAGCUCUAUGCUCAAGAACCGCUCCUUCAAGACCAAGACGUCUUCUGAGACGUCCUCCGACGGCAACGCGACCCUCAAGAAGCUCAAAGAGAUGCAUCUCGAGGCAGACAAGACGCUCAACUUUGGAGGCAAGGCUGGACACGGAGGAGCUCGCCUCUCUGCUGGCUCUUCCUACAAGCCCCCUUCUGUGGAGUCUGUGUCUGGUUGCAGCUCUGUGGUCGGAGGCGAUGUGAAGACCUAUCACGUUUCCCAUCACGACACCGCGAACCUGGCUCGAGCCAGUGGAAACGGUGACUUUGAGAUGAAAGACGCUGGCUUCGAUACUGCAGACAAGGCUUGUCAGGCAGACAUCAGCUCCACCAUUCGAGCUUAUCCCAGCGGACCUGACACAGCAGCCUCACCCAUGGACAUCCACCAGAGCGACUCUGGCAGCAGGCCCACCGCUUGCGGUACCACCGAUUCUGGAAUUUCUCGUAAAUUCCGGUCCGGCACCUCGAGGACGUCGGCUUCGUCCAUCCGCUUUCGUGCUCGGCGCAACCCUGCGGAGACAAGCACCGGAAGUCCCCCAGAGAGGGACGGUUUCGCUGUUGAAGGGAACAUCGGUGAUAAGCUACGGUACAAUUCUCUUGUCUCAGGCGCCUGGGCUCAGCAGCCGGUCUACAAUGGCUCUCAGGAGAUGCCUGCGCAAGGAACCUUUGGAAGUGCUCAUCAGUUCGACAGCAUGGCAGGCGGGUACGCCAAUGGCCAGAAGUUGACUGAUUUCCUGAUGCCGCCCACUCCUCCCAUCGAGUCCCACUGGCAGAAUACCGGUACCCAGCAGCAGAAUCUCAACUGUGACCCAUACAUGAUGAACCAACAUGAAUGGGCGGCCCAGUCGUGUCAACCAUCCGCUCCCAAGGCCUACGGCCACAGAAUGAGCCCAGGCAAGCCUGGCGCUUAUGGAGUUCACUACGGUACUGGUGGCUUUGGCCCUAGAGCUGGCGCAGAGUAUGUCACCAACCCGGGCUACUUCAGCCGCCCUCACAACGGGUUCAACUCUGCUGCCCACUUCAGCGAUGCCCACUGUCGUCGUGACUUCUCUGGAGACUCUUACUACGAUCCACCCGCUGAGGACCAGUUCGAGUACAACAAUCCCUCGCACGCAGGCGGUGGCUUUUCGCAGCCCCAGCAGAACUACCAGCCUCAACAAAGCUACCAGUAUGGACACCAGGACGAGUCCGUUCCAAGACCACAGUACGUACCUCAGUCGCAAUACGGUACCCAGACUCAGCACAGUGCCCAGAAUCAGUACGGUUUCCAGAGCCAACCUGGAAACUGGGACAAGGGCAAUGGCAAUGGCUUUUCCCAACAAGGCCCAGCCUUCGGAGGAGACAGCGGCUACUCUGCUCCAAAGGACUUCGACUUCUCAUUCAUCGGCCAGGGCAACAACAGCGAAUGGGCCGCCAAUACCUACGUCCCCACCCACGAGGAGAUCAACGCCUACAUGGAGCGGAACUGCACGAACCCGGGCCCGCAGACGACGACGACCCCCCGCGCUGAGCCGCAAUGGACGAUCUACGAGGAUGAGGACGACGGCGCCGCUCGGGAGCAGCAGCAGCAAGGGUAUGAUCCCCGCGUAGGUGCGAGUGCGUGGAGCGACGGCAAGACUUCUGUCCACCAUGUCAGCUCGACAACGCCGGGAAACACGGUGACCAUACUCUCGAUCCGCGAGAUCACAAGUGAUGAGGAUCUCUCUGCCAAGUUUGGAGGAGGUGGUGGUGAUGACGAUGAGGACCGCAACAGCGAUGCCUUUUCGUCUCUGACUGCCAUCCAAGCAGGCUGA